AUUACCUUGCCAGGUUAGCUCUGAUGCUAACUCAAAUCAACAAUAACAAUAAUAUUAAGAUAAAUCUUGAAACCAUUCCCUUCCCAACGUAUUACUACGAAAAUCACGUUUUAAAAUCAAACCAAGGGCUCGAAAUGGCCAUUUCGGAAGUAAACUAUCUCCUUUGCUGCAGAAUAUGUUUGGGUUUCGAAGAGGACGAAUGCUUCCUGGAUCUCUUCAGUGCCACACUGCCGGAAACGACCGUGGAAUUGCGAGAGGCUUUGCAGAAAUCAACUGGAAUAGAGUACAAUCAGGAAGACAGCUUACCUUCAAAGAUAUGCCAAUCGUGUCUUCAACGUCUCCAAGACACUUACAACUUUAUUUCGGAAUGUAUCGAUAAUAGCUCCGUUCUAGAAUCCCUUAAAGAGCAUGCCCUAUCGCUCACAAAUUCAAAAGAGGAAGAUGAUUUACAAGUCAAUAACACAGCAUCAGAUAUUGAAGAAUCAUUUAGCGAAAUUAGCGUAGAAGUAGCCCCAAACGUAACGGAACUCCUACAAAUUGAGUGUCUGCAAACACCGAACGAAAGGUACGCGAUAUACGAACUGAACGAUGGCUACGUUGAACAACAAUCGGACAUCACACCAAAGACGGAAGCUCUCGCAACGAACGUUGAGACAGCUCAUGACAAGCCAACGAUCGAAGAACAAGCCCCCGAUGCAGUGGACUUCAUUCUGCGCAACCUAAUGCCAGCAGACAAGGAAAGGCGAAAGAGAUCGAUGCCAACGGAACGGCGAUAUCAAUGUCAGGUGUGUGACAAAACCUUCCAGCGGAAAUCCAACUUGGUUGAUCAUCUGCGGCUGCACGCCAACGUGAAGCUGUUUGCGUGCAGCUACUGCAGUGCGGCCUUCGUGCAGGCCGGAAAUCUGAAGAGCCACAUCCGGAAGCACACCUUGGAGAAGCCGUUCAAGUGUGACCAUUGCGGGAAGAGCUACAGCCAAUCCGGCGCACUUAAGACUCACAUCAGAACCCAUACCAACGAGCGGAACUACGUGUGCGAUAUAUGCAAUAAAGCCUUCACUAACAGCUCUGAUUUGAAUAAGCACAAAAUGACUCACUCCGAUCUGCGCUUUUACCAGUGCGUUUUGUGCAGCCAAAGGUACUUCAUUCAGAAGGUACACCUCAAAAAGCAUUUGAGAUCGUUCCACCGGGAUGCCAACUGCGAAGAGUUACUCGAACAGGGCACGCUAAAGAAAGGCGUCGCCGUGGAGCGACAUCGAUAGCGCUAACGAUCGCACUUGAUCGGAAUUGAAUUGGAAAAAGAAGCGCAAUGCUUAAUGUCUUGCAAUAAGUUCAGUUCAUUCGCGGCAGGAAACAAUUGCACGAUCGUAAUUCGAAUUACGUAACGCAUUAGGAAGUGGGAGAGGAUCUAUAGAGCUGUCCGUGCCCUUUCAUGUAUUCAAAAAAAAACCUAUAAUACAAAGUGUUACAUUUUUUAAAAAAUUACAAAAAAAACAUAUUUGCGUUAUGUAAUUUGUGAAUAAACCCUUGAAAAGAAGUAGGCGGCUUGUGUAGGUAAGUACUUGGUAAAUUAGAUGGAUUGAAUUUGGAAUUGCAAUAGGCGACAGAGUAGAGUUAUAAACUGUUGUGUGAGAGUUGAAACUGAAACUAUAAAAAUGCCAUCUUCAACAGAAGUUGUAGUUUUAAAUAUUCAAACAGCAUCGUUAGAAAAUUUAUC